AUGCACCCUGCGGCCGCACGUCCCGCUCUUCUAGAGCACCCCGAGGGGCGCCGCGCCCCCGCCCGCCUCCACGUGACGCAACGUUCCAAACCGGGCUACAUUCCACGCCCUCAUCCCUCGGGACGGCCCUCCCACUCCUCUCCUCGAGUGGCGGAGAGGCCCCGGCGGAAUCCCCGCCCCCUGGUCCGGGCCAAUGGGAGGCAGCGGGGGCGUGUCGGGGGUGGGGUGGGUGUGUGGAGCAGCCGGGAGGGUUCUGCGGCCCCGGGGCCAGGGGGUGCAGCCGCGUGCGGAGCCCGGACCCUGCGGAGCCCGGAGCCUGAGCACCCCGAGCGGCGGCCGGCGCUAACCGCUGCGGCGCAGCCCCGGCGGAGUAGAGCGGAGCGUGUCCGGACAGAGCUCCUUGGAAGUAUGUGGUCAGUGGCUGGCUGGCUGACUGCCCACCUGUUGGUCACAUAGACGGGAUUCUGGCGUAAGGGUAGAUGACAUUCAGCGAUGGCUCCUGCCAGCUCCAAGGAUCUGAGAUUUCCUAUUGAAGCUAACUUUGACCCUAUUCUCUCCUGUGCCUCAAGAAGCCCGUGAAGGCCGGCCUGAGGUUUCCUCUCUCGUGACCUUCAAGGUGUGCAGGGUUGGGCCCCCAGCCGACAUACAGUCGAAAGCUUGCUGGCUUGAAUGGGACCAGGAUUCCCAGCUGUGUGCUUGGUCUGUGGGGCCGGACUUGAAAGCUGUUCAAGCGUGUCCAGCCAGGCUGUCCGAGCUGUCAAAGAACCACGGCCCAACUCUGGACCGGCUGCCCCCCAUCAGGCUCCAGAUGCGCCAUCCUCAAUGCCGGGUGGAUUUGACAUUGUCUCUGGUUACUGGGAAAAUGAAGUGAUGGGGAAAGGAAGCAGGCCCCGGGGAGCCCAGGCACACCCGAGGUGGGGAGUUGGGGGAGAAUGUGUUCAUCGUGCUCAUUAGCAUCUGCAGCAGUCCCUUGGAAUCUGUGCUCUGUUCCUUGGGCACCCCAGGAGUUUUCCAGGACAACAGCCUUGCCUCCCAUGGUCUUCCAACCACAAAUUAAGCAGCUAGACAAGGUCCUGGGCAUGUUAUCCCGAUUUUACAGAUGAGGACACUGAGGCUCAGAGGGGCCAUGGCUUGCCAGGAAGUGUGGGAGCCAGGAUUGCAUCUCUGGUGGUCCUCGACCAGUGUUAAAGAUGGGGGAAACAGCUGAAGGCCAGGCAGGGGAAGGUGGUGAGAGUGUCCUGUGUUUAUGGCAGCCUUGGUCUCUGCUUUCCCAAGGUGUUGUCACGCCCAUUGUUUCCAAGGAUUCACAACCACAACCACUGGGGAAGCCAAGGGAGGUUUAAGACUUAGCUCGGGUCACCCGGUGAGUCAGUGACUGGCCCAGGCUAGAGAAUGCCAAGUCUGCUCACUUCUAGCCCAGGACAUUUCCCAGGGCUGGAGCUGGGGCCGGGUGACUGGGCCUUUUGCCUCAGAGUGCCCCGAGUUUAGGGCAUGGUAGUGGUGCUUACUACAGUGAAGAGCCCCUCAGUUCAGAUCCUGCCCCCUCUUCUUACCAUGCAUCUCACUUUCAGUAAAUAACCUUCCUGGGCCACCUGUAAAAUGAGGGGAUAGGCCUGGGUGGCCUGUCCAGCUGUGAAUCUAGGCCAGGGCAGAAAUGGGAGCAUCUUACA